GUGUUGAACGCACGGGAACUCACACCGACAGCUCCACUUCCGUUCCAGCAGGGUGGGGUCCCCACGAGCCGUUCUCUGUCUGUGUUUGGGGCCCCUUCUCUGUCACCGACCGUCCUGUGCUUAUUCCCCGUGUAUUCGUGUGUCUUCCCAGUCUCACGAAGCAUCUGCCUGUUUAUCAAACCCAAGGAAGUGUACCUUUUAAGUCAGGAAGUCAGUGGGGUGUUGCAGGAAGAGGCUUGUCCAUCCGCUGUGUCGUGGCUCCGUGCCCGAGGGGGGGCGGCCUCCUCCAGGCCCAGUGAGGGAGGGCGCUUCCAGAGCUGAGGGCAGGGCGCCACCGGCCUGUGCGGGGAGUGCCGCGGGUGGAAGCAGGGCUGCCCCGCGUCCUCGCCGCUGAACGAGAGGAGCGGGCGGCGCAGGGACGCAGGGCCUCGGAUCGGCGCCACUUCCUGUGCCUGAGUCCCCGUGGGCGGCGCACCGAGGGCCCCGUGUUCACCUGCAUGCGCGGCGGGGCUCGCCCAGGGGAGGACCCUCCGACGGAGCUGGGAGCCCAGGCGGGGCCCUGCACCCUCUUUCGGGAGUACGGUGUCCCUGCAUAAAAGCCAGGGGCCGUUCUGACGCCGUCCCGUGGACGCGUAUGUGCAGGCCUCCCGACACAGCUGGCCCCGGACUCUGAUGGAGGGCUGCGCGCUGUCGGCCAAGCUCGGCGCCGGACCGCGUCCUGGCGGACGUGCCUCGGUGACGUUUGACGGAGGCCGCUCCCGGCUCGGCCCGGCCUGGAGAGGAGGGUGGUGUCGCUUUCAGGUGUUCCCUAGGGAGGGUGGCUCUGGCGUCGACUGUCUGUCUCGCGGGAAGUGCGCUGAGGACGUGGACCCCCCCAGAGCUGUUCUUUGAGCCUCCGUCGGAGCAGCGCCGCGAGCUGCUCUCGUUCCGGCGGCCACGGAAGUAACGGUGACAGGAGAAAGGGCUCAGAAGCGCAGCGAGGACACGUGGGUGUCGGGGCCCGCGGAGCUGGGGUGACUCACGUGUCCAACGCGCGCCCCGUCAACGGCCACACAACCUGCUCUGAUCCAACUGCUGAGUCCGGGACAUGUGGCUCUGCUCGGCCAGUUGCUCAGACGCCAUUUGCUUUUGACGCAAGGUGAUUUGAUGCUUUCCUAUGAGACCCGUGAACCAUGAUGGCUACACAGACGCUAAGCAUAGACAGCUACCAAGACGGGCAACAAAUGCAAGUAGUAACAGAGUUAAAAACGGAGCAAGAUCCCAACUGCUCUGAACCGGAUGUGGACGGAGCGAGCCCUCCCCCGCCGGGCUCCCAGACGCCGAUGGACGCAGACAAGCAGGCCAUUUAUAGGCAUCCACUAUUUCCACUACUAGCUUUGUUGUUCGAAAAAUGCGAACAGUCUACCCAGGGCUCAGAAGGCACGACCUCUGCCAGUUUUGAUGUAGAUAUUGAAAAUUUUGUAAGAAAGCAAGAGAAAGAAGGAAAACCCUUCUUUUGCGAAGACCCGGAAACCGACAAUUUAAUGGUGAAAGCAAUCCAGGUUUUGCGCAUUCAUCUUCUUGAGCUGGAAAAGGUUAACGAGCUCUGCAAAGACUUCUGCAGUCGCUAUAUCGCUUGUCUAAAGACGAAAAUGAACAGCGAGACCCUCCUGAGCGGGGAGCCUGGAAGCCCGUACUCCCCCGCCCAGUCCCAGCAGAUUCAGAGUGCCAUCUCAGGCACCCUCAGCCCCCAAGGAAUCGUGGUGCCCGCAUCCGCGCUGCAGCAGGGGAACGUCACCAUGGCAACAGUGGCAGGUGGCACGGUGUAUCAGCCUGUCACGGUUGUCACUCCUCAAGGCCAGGUGGUGACACAAGCCCUGUCGCCCGGCACCAUCAGGAUCCAGAACUCCCAGCUCCAGUUACAGUUAAACCAAGAUCUCAGCAUCUUGCAGCAAGAUGACGGCUCAGCUAAGAACAAAAGGGGCGUUUUGCCGAAGCAUGCCACCAACGUGAUGAGAUCUUGGCUCUUUCAGCACAUAGGGCAUCCCUACCCGACAGAGGAUGAGAAAAAACAGAUCGCUGCUCAGACAAAUUUGACACUACUCCAAGUUAACAACUGGUUCAUCAACGCCAGAAGACGGAUUCUUCAGCCCAUGUUGGAUUCUAGUUGCUCAGAAACUCCAAAAACCAAGAAGAAGACAGCUCAGAACAGACCGGUCCAGAGGUUUUGGCCCGACUCCAUCGCCUCGGGAGCUGCACAGCCGCCGCCCAGCGAGCUGGCCAUGUCGGAAGGAGCCGUCGUGACGAUCACCACGCCCGUGAGCAUGAACGUGGACAGCCUGCAGUCUCUGUCCUCGGACGGCGCCACCCUGGCGGUACAGCAGGUCAUGAUGGCGGAGCAGAGCGAGGACGAGUCUGUGGACAGCACGGGGGACAGCGGGGCCGCGCUCGCCCCCACCCACAUCAGCGGGCUGGUCCUGGAGAACAGUGACUCCCUGCAGUAGGGCCGGCACAGCCCAGAACCGCGGGGCGGGCCUGACUUUUUACGGUUUGCACAGCAAACAUUUUACACACUUUUAUUUCUGACAUGUUUUAUACGUAGAUGGAGAAGAAUGCACUUUUGUAUUUCAUAGUGAGCUUCGAGAGCGCCCUCGCGGGCGCGGCGACUUUCCGGUGUGCGUGUGUGUGCGUGUGUGCGUGCGCGGGUUUUUAAGGAGAUUCUUUAAAGGUUUAACGCUAAAAAUGUGAUGAAUGACAGACACCCCCGUGAGCCCCUAAUUAGUUAAGGAAUAGUGCUGCCAUUUUCUAGAAAAUUAUGCAGUUUUAAUUUCGUUCUGUGGUUGAAGCAGGUCCCAGUGGGCUGGUUUAUUUGUGUCGCCCACGGAUUGGAGAGAAGCUUCUGCACCUUAAAACUGCCAGUGCGAGGUAGACGCCCACGGCAGCAAAGUGCGUGUGGCCCGUGGUGAGCGUGCUCUGGUGGACAUACGCCGAGGUCCCCACGGACUUGGUGAGCCUGUUUCAUUUGCUAUAUAUGAAAAGAAACUCCUAUUUUUACCUUGCUGGAAUUAUUGGAUAAAAAGCUAUUUUUAUAAAUUCGCUAUGAAUUGGAUUAUGACUAUAUUGAGGAUAAAAUUUCUAGAGAAGAAACACACGUGCUUACUAUUUCAAUUUGGAAUGUUCUGAACUGACCAAAUUUAGUGAACCUGCCCAAAGGUAGCUAGCAUUCCACGGUUCUCCACCGUCCCGGGGGAGCGAUUGACAUGUAGUACCGUAGAAGAAACAAGCGUCUAAUGCAGUUUUGACACCUUCGGACUUCAGUUUAUAUGUAAAAGCUCAGAUUGCAUCUCACACUUGAUCUGAACCUGUCUCUAAAGGUGUUUGCUAAAUAGGACUUAGGUGAGUUAAGUGAGGUGGUAACCAGUAGUCAGAAGCUGUGACCACACACGUCAGUCUAAUUUAAAUUCGACUACAGUUAAAUGGUUACUGCGCCAGUUAGCUGUGUAUUGUUUUAGAAGUUUUUAGUCGGCCCUAUGUUAUGCAUAGAAUGUUUAUUAUAAACUAAUAUAAGAUGUGCUCUGUGCCACCGGCUCAGAGUGAGGCCCAGUAACCAGCACCCGCGCUGUUACGCAAUUAACAUGUCCCCAAAGCGACACAGCUCCCCGGGCGGGCUCUCCGGCCUCAGCUCACACGCGUCUGCCGUCGGUCCCGGGGUCAGUAUUUUCUCCCCGUACGUCGUCGCUUUGGGAUUCCCGGCUCCCCUCCCCCCCACCCCCGACUUGAUCACAUGAGGUUUGGAGUAAUUUUAGGACUUCCGUUUCCCGGUGACGAGGCAGACCAAAAGAGUAGACUGGGUUUUGUUGCCUUUGUUUUCAUUUAUUUGCAAGUGGGGCUUUUGCUCAGAAAACAAGCCACCUUGUCUCAUCAAGCCUUUGUGUCGUCUUGAAGGGGACGCCCAGUGUUCGUGUUUCUAAAAGGUGGUUUGGUGUUGGGGAAGGUCGCCAGUUCUGGAGAUUCAGCAGCCGUCAUCAGUUACGGACCCAGGUUACAUUGCAGGACAUCUGGAGCUGGGGCAGAUUUUUUCUGGAACUUAUUCCCCUCCCCCCCCCAAAUUGGUUAAUUACAGUUAAUCACAGAAGACUUAUUUCCUAGGUAACUUAGGAGGCGGUAAGAAAUACAUAGAAUUUUCUUUGAAAAAUACUUCAGGAGCUUUAAAAGAAAAAGUGGACUAAACUCUUUUGGAGCGAGAACAACAUUUUUAAGCAACAGUUGCGUUCCUUAUUUAUAAACAAUUUGUAAUAUUUUCAGUUUCGUAGAUCAUUUUAACUUGACCUAAAUCCUAACUUGGUUGGACUUCUUGAAACUAGGAGCUGUGGACACCAGCCAGCCACCUCCCUCCCUCCCCAGUCCCUCCAGUCGCCCCGCUCUUUGGGUGCGUGUGGACGCACAGGCAGGUCACUGCCCCCCCCCUCCCCGCCCCAGGGGUCACGUUCACUGAGCUGCGGUAGCCUGUUAGUCGAGGGCUGCACAGACUGCCCGUUCGGAGACAGAUGGGGGCCGUGCGGGGUCCCGCUGCCCUCGCUGGCCUGAGAUCGGCCUUCCGUGCCCGGUGACGCACCGCGCCCCCUGCGGCCGAAGCCGGUUUCCUUAGGCUCGAAGUUCUUACCGGGUUCGGAGGACUAGGAUAAGCCGUCCAGAGACAGGGCGCUCGUGGACAGGCCUGAGCUUCCCCCCCACUCUCCCCGCGAAUAACCGAGGUGCUCGGAGACAACCUUGGCGUGGCAAGCCGUUUCGGUUCAUAAAACCGCUGCCCGGCGUGCCUGUCGUCGGUUUGCAUUUUAUAAACCCCCAUCUUCCAGCCCUCGGACCUUCAAGAGAACCUUUGAAAAUGGGACUCCCUCGAGCGUUCAUUUUCACGGAGCAGAUUCGAUCCUGACUUUCCGCCAGAAGGACGCUCCGGAUGUGUCCCCAGACCCAGAGUAAGAAUGUCGUUACCCGUCCCGCGGCUUCGCCGUCCCCCGACGAGCCGCCGCCGCCGCCGGCCCCGGCUUGCUGUUUUCUGGCUGCAGGUAGUGACGUCCGUUUCAGUCUCUGUCCGGGACGCACGGUGGGGCGGCAGGUGGUACCAGGGCGCACCCGCGGGUCGCAGCGGCCUUUUCUGUGCGGCCCUCACCUGUGUGAGCCGGCUCGGGGCCCUUGCCUUUCAGACAAACCCAACCCUACCUGGACGGUGGGCGAGGCCCACCUCUGGCGGUCAGGGACGGAAGUGACCCAGCAAUCUGCCUUUGUUUUAGUUGUGUUCGGUCUACGAACUGACAAUCUUUAAAAUGUGAAUACUGUAACAAUAUGUUUUCUUGGAUUGUUGUCUCGAAAGGGGAUUUUUGUGAAGCAAUUGAUUUAUCAAAGCAAAAAAAUUAAAAAUAGAAACAUG